UUGAAACAAGCAACAUGAAUUCAACUACUAAAGCGAGUGUUUUGGGUGGAUUUAGCUUCGAAGCCGAAUCUCUGCCGGAUUUCAGCGAGUUCGACUCGGCGUCUGUCAUUGAGGUGUAUCAUUUGGAAAGCCGGUGAACUUCAAGCAGCCAAGAUUGCUUCGCUCAACAGACCUACGUACCUCCACACCCAAAGCUCCCGACGGCCGUCGGAGAGCAAGAUGGCGCCUACGACGACCAUCGAAACGGUUACCAUAACGAGGCCGCUAAAGGUGAUUGCGUUCAUCUGCGGCCUCAUCGUGGUAAUCUUGAUGAUAAUGGCACUUGCAUCGACAGAUUGGUUGAUGGCAGAGGGUUGGCGUCAAGGACUCUUUAUGCACUGUAUUGGUGAGAAGGCGCCUACACCACUUCCGUUUAAUGUAGUGGACCAACCAGCCUGUUACCAAGCACGAAGUGUCGUGUACAUCCAGGCAUCUGCAGCUCUUUGUGUUAUCACACUGCUGACAGACGUUGUAGCUACACUCCUGACAGGUCUUGGUCUGCGGAGUAAAGACCACCGCACCAAGUACAAGUAUUACAGGAUUGCAGUGUAUGUGAUGGUGCUCUCUUUAAUAUCCAUUCUUAUUGCCUUGGUGGUUUACCCAGUAUUCUUUGCUGCUGAAUUAAAUGAAGGUAAUCGCACUGUGUGGGAGUUUGGAUGGGCGUAUGGUGUUGGCUGGGGAGCAGCCAUUUUCCUGUUUGGGGGUGUUAUCCUGCUGCUUUGUGACAAGGAGUCAGAGGAGAUAUACUACAAGGAGCGAAAAAUAGUGCACGACAACGACUCGCGAGCCUAGUGUCCGCCACCCCUGCCCGAUGUCGUGCUUUGAACGUAAAAAUUGCUGAAGAGGCCGUGGAUGGUCAGAGCAUAGAGUUGCAGGAUUCUGGAAUUGUCUGGUUGGUUUAAAAUCCAAAAAAGUGAAAAAGUUUGUGAGAGAAAUACUUGUCUGUUCUUAUAGAUACAUUUAUCACCUUCAGUUUGAUCUGGUAAUACUUCAUACAUAUAACCAACAUUAAUUUCAUUGCAGUUAGUUAUUUAGGAAGGUUGAAUACAUAUUCUUCACUAAUUAAGGAAAAAAGAACAAAAGGUAUCUUACCAGUUCCUUUACUAUGUUGACAAAAUAUACAGUACAUCAGUAGGAUGUCAAGUUUUAACAUUUAAUUUUGGAAUUAAAAAUUCCACUUUCCUUUCUAAACCUGAGAAAUUAAUGACCAUCAUAUUUAUUGGUUCGUAUAUAUUGUGCUUCAGGAAUCCUGCAGUUAUGAUCUGGCCUCCACAAUGUGGGACACUGUGGAUAUCACAGUCAGUAGUUGGCUUUUUUGGACAAAUACUGCAGUCUCUGGUUUCAAAGUAAAACAGGAUGGAUGUUGUGGAUGAGUGAGGCUGCCAGUUGUAUGUCUGUGCUAAUGGUUUCUUUCUGUUUUAUGUAGAAAAACCUAUUUGUGUGAAACAUGAUGCAUGUAUGUAUACUUCCCACAUCAGUCUCUAAAGCAUUUAUUAUACAAAAAAGGUUGUAAAAUUUUGUAUUUUAAGUCCAGUUAUUAUUUGGUUCCUCUUUUGCUCUAAAAGUUUACGUUUUUCAUUUUA